UCAGGAGUUCUUUUGGAUUCCUCACUAACAUUGAUUGAGCUCUCACUUGUCAGUAUCUGCAAGCGGUGCUUACUUCUGUGUCUGCUUAGCUAGGGAAACUCUGUCCCAUCUAGAUGGACAAAGAGCUGCUAGUGCAGAAGGCUACAGCACGUCAGCAGCAACACAGACAUAUCACAUCUGUCCUCUGUCCUCUAUGCUGGCUUCCCAUAGAACCAGCAAAUCAAGGUUUCAGUUGUUACCUUCAAAGUGCUCCUUGGCCUGAGCCAAGUACCUAAAGGAUUGUCUAAAACUCAGAGGCAAAGAGCAUGGUUAACAGCUCUGCUCCUGUAGCACUGUAGAAAUCUCAACAAUAAGAGUAAAGCUUGUCUGUGCAGGAGACCGAUUUCUUCAGAGGUUGUCUGAGAUGCUGGAAUGAGCUACCCCAAGGAUGAAGUACCACCACAAACCUCACCAUUUUCUGAUUCAAGGGAAGGAGUAAAAACCGAGAAUGACCAUAUCAAUCUUAAAGUAGCUGGCCAGGAUGGAUCAGUGGUGCAGUUCAAAAUAAAACGGCAUACACCCCUAAGCAAACUAAUGAAGGCUUAUUGUGAGAGACAGCUGGAGAUGGAAGACGAAGAUACUAUUGAUGUGUUCCAACAGCAGACAGGUGGAGUAUGUUAAACAUGCUGUCCUUUUGGGAAGAGGAAUUAAGACCCUUGUCAACACCUCACUUUCUCAUCUGUCCUUGGAUUUGCUAUUAAAUAGUAAUUAAUGAACAUGCCAAUCACACGGGAUUCUUCUAAAACUUUAGAGGACAUUUACCAAAAUUGUUCUGCUGUCCCUCUGACAUACUGCGUGUGCAAGUCAAAACUGUAUCGGCAGGGAUUAACCUACAUCUUAAAUUGGGCCCAAAGGAAUUAACUUUUCAGUUUAAGCAAAAGAUGGGUUAUCUGUCUGCCGUUACCUUGUUUAUGUAAACAUGUGGCCUAAGUAUCUCCUUGUAUUCCGGAACACAGGCUCUUGUUCAUGCUUGGCUCUUGUUAUCGUAUUGCCCCAUUGCAUAAUUCUAAUCAUGUAAAUAUAUUCUCACUGAAGCAGUGAGUUUAAAAUCUCCUCCUCCGAUAAGGCACGUGAAGGGAAGAAAAGGUUAUUGAUUUAAAAGUUUUUACUAUUGUUGUAAACCGUUAUUACUGUAAAACUUAAAACCUAUGAUACAAGGACUGUACAUGCAGAUAUGAGGCGUAGGAUAGAGUAAAUGCUUAAAAUAUUGCAAAUGUACAUGUGCUUUGUUAUAAUCGGCUAGAUUGAAAUUUAAAUUUUUUUAAAAGUGAAAUAAUUGCCCACAAUUAGUGUCAGCAUUUGAGUUAUUACCAGAAUACUGGUCCCAACCUACUGGUGUAUCAUGUUCCAUAAGAUUAAAAAGAAAAGGCCAUUGCCACAGCUCACUGCCAAUUUACGAGAUGGACAAAAAAUUGUCUACACGUCCCUCUCAUCCCCUUUAAUACAAACCUCGACGUUGUAUCAUUAUUACUCAUUUGGUACUAGGAAAUGCGUGGCUUCUGGUUUCUUUCAAUACAUGUCUCUUAUGGAUAAUUGUGGUCUUACGUAAAACAAACCAAACCCCCUAAGCUUGUGGCCAAGGGGCGUAAGCACAAAAACCUUGAACAGGUAACUUAGGGUUCUUCUGAGAAAUUCCUGCUCUGCUGCUUCUCAUGUAUUGAAUUUUAAAUGCAUUCGUGUGGUGACUUUCAGUUCUGUAUGACGUUUUGGGCUAUACUCCAAAUGAAACUUAAAGGUCAUCCUAUUGUCCUUCAGUAGGUUGUCCAGUGCUGCUUGAUUAGGUCAUUAUCUGCCUUUUAUAUUUACCUGACCAAUCAGACAACAUUAGAUCAUCUCUGCUUGAAAUCUUGCUGGGAAAAGUCCUUAUUUUCUUUUUCGCGUUAUUGUAUAUGGGCUAGGGUGGGGUGUUCUGUUAGAGCUCAUAGUUUAUUCACCAAUUUGUACAUUAUUUGUCGUCCUUUACUACUGUAUACAGUAAAUAUAGUUUGGUACUCUGU